AUCUGUGAUACCCUGAGCCUGUUCAAGAUGCUGGCUCAAACUGUAGUUAACUCGUCACCUCUUCCAAAGUCACCGUGUCUCCAACACACCAAGACGACAACCCGAUGGCCUCCCCAAGCAAACCCGGCAUCCGCACACGCUUCCUCGUCAUCGCAGACACCCAUGGCAUGCACUACCUCCCCGACACCAAACCCCUCCAACCCAUCGACGUAGUCAUCCACUGCGGCGACAUAACCAGCGACUCCCAACUAUCCGAGUACAAAACCGCCAUCCACCUCCUCAGCCGCAUCCCCGCCCCCCUCAAGCUCAUCCUCCCCGGAAACCAUGACUACACCCUCGACACGCCCACCUACCAACACCUCCUGCACACCCACCCCGAACUCCUCCAAACCCACGGCCACCCCAACGCCGCCCACCACCUCUUCACCGCCGCACAACAACACCACAACCUACACUACCUCCCCGAAGGCACGCACCGCUUCCCGCUCCCCAACGGCGCGCACCUGACCCUGUACGCAUCCCCCUACACGCCCGCCUUCGGCGCCCCCGGGUUCCAGUACCCGCGCCACCAGGCGCCCCAUCGCUUCGCCAUACCACCUGAUGUCGAUGUCGUUGUUACGCAUGGCCCGCCCCGCGGGGUGCGUGAUCGCAGCUGGGCGGCGGCCGGGGGGCAGCAUGUGGGGGCGGGGGAGCUGUUUGAGGCUGUGGAGCGGGCGCGGCCGCGGGUGCAUUGUUUUGGGCAUAUUCAUGAGGGGUGGGGGGCGGAGGUGGUGAGGUGGGGAGAUGGAGAUGAGGGGGGGGAUGAAGGGGAGGGGGAGGGGGAUGGGGAUGGUGGUAGGGGGGUUACUGGGCUGCGGCAGCAUGGGUCGACGGUGGUUGCGGAUUUGGGGUCGGUGCUGCCGCUGAAGGGGGAUGGGGCGGAGGUGGUGCGGGAAAAGGAGCGCAGGCUGGGGGAGUAUGCUCGGGGGAAGUGCGUCAAGACGAGUCAUUGUGUGGGGGAUCCGCUGCCCGUCGUCAAGGGUGUGAACACGUUGUUUGUGAAUGCGGCUGUGGCUGGGCAACCCGUCAGGCCGCCUUGGGUGGUGGAUAUUGAGUUGCCCGAGGGGAGAGGGAGGGGUGUUGUGGAAUAA